GGAUCUACAAAUCGCUAGGUAACAUACCGUCGCGUUGGAUGACACGACAGCCUCCCUUUUCAGCUUACUCAGGUGAGAGAAGUCAUCCAGUAGAGUUCGCCUUGGCUGCAUACCACCAACACACCAACGACGGUACAACCCGUUCUCCCGUGGGACUUGGUCGCUAAACUCUAAUCCUGUGACGGUGACUGUGACAAGACCUCGAUUACGUACGUGUAUCGUCUUACGGUACAUGUACCAACAUCCAUGGCACUCGCACGGAGAUCGAGCACCCGAUUGGCCAUCAUCUUCACAUUCCUCUGUGUGCUACUGAUCUGGUUGAACCCUAACUGGACCGAUCGAACUAUACAUCAUACCUUUCUUUUCGACCCUAAAAAGAUAGAUGUAUCCGAUGCUGCCGAGACCCGAAAUCUGUGCCGACAACAUGGGUGGUCUCCUUUCCCUAACCCAGCCGGAAGGAAGGUCUACGACUUGAUCAUGAUAAAUACCGAACUGGAUUGGUUGGAAAUCCGGCUAAACUCCACCUAUCCUUAUGUCGACUACUUUGUCAUUGUCGAGUCCAAGAAGACCUUUACUAAUCACGAUAAGCCUUUGGUCAUCAAGGACAAUCUUGACCAAUUUGCGGCUUAUCGGGAUAAGAUUAUCUACCAUGAGCUCGAAAUUCCCGAAGAUUUUCAUUCGGAACGCGAGAAUCCAUGUUGGGACUUCGAGGAUCUCCAGAGGAAUGCUAUGUACACUCAAGUAUUCCCACAGCUGACGGGGGCCAAAGCACCUGAUACAGGUGAUGUCAUCAUCGUAGCCGACGUCGAUGAAAUUGUUCGCCCAGAAACCUUGGUAGUACUGAAAUCGUGUAAUUUCCCUCGUCGGCUUACGCUCCGAAGUCAUUUCUACUACUACAGCUUCCAAUAUCUCCACAAGGGUACUCAAUGGGCACAUCCUCAAGCGACAUACUAUCAAGGCUGGAGGACCAUUCUGCCUGUCAAUCUACGCAACUCGGAUGGCAAUCUCCAACCUUUAGUCAGGCUAGAGAAGGGCGAUCUCUGGAGCGCGGGAUGGCACUGUUCGACGUGUUUCUCCACAGUGAACGAAGUCUUGACUAAAUUGUCAUCCUUCUCGCACAUCUGGCUCAACCAAGAGGGUUACCGUGACCCUAAUCGCAUCGCGGACCGUGUAAGGAGCGGAAAAGACCUGUGGGAUCGAGAAACCGAGCAGUACGAAAGGAUAAAUAAUAAUACGGACAUACCAAAAGGGCUAUUAGGAAACCCGGAAAAGUUCUCGUAUCUCCUAAACAGAGAUGGUCCGACGGCCGGGUUCAGGGAUUAUCCUCCACGGUAGCGGCGGCUUCGGCUGAUUCCGAUGUGUUAUAAAAUGUGCAAUUAAUAUGGUGCGACUUAGAUGGAAGUAACGAAGCAUUUGUACGAUUUGCGUGGCGGGGUGUUUAUGGAUUCCGGUACAUCGUUACUCGGUUCGAGAGCCUUACGCGCUUGGAGGAGCAUCAAGAACUGGGGCGAAUAUUAAUUAUUAGAAGCAGCAUAAUCCAUGGCGUUGGUAAGAAGCCACAAUUGGCUUAGAAUGGGGUUUCAAUUCUCUUUGUAAUACAAGGUGCAGGAGUUUGGAUUGCAUAAUACUAAUAUUAUUUUCCUCUGGGUCCUGAAUACCUAUCCUCGACUUCGUCAAUGAUAUCCAGAAUAGUCAUCAUUAAUACGAUUAGUUACCCUCAAAAGCACCCCCGAAUGUGUCCUCGCUUCAGAGGCUCUAUCGUCGUUCCCGAUCUGGGAAGGCAAUUCCUAACCCAAGACGCGGGUGCUCUUGAAGGAUGAGACUUCAUUUAGCUGUAACUUAC